AUGCCAUUGGCUGGAGGAGCCGCUCCGCUGCGCUGCGAUUGGCUGGUGACUUUUUUGUUCUCCGCUUUCACUGUUUCGCCUUUGAUGAUGACGAUGCUGCUGCUGCUUCCUCCCGGGGGUCUCGCGCUGUGGCUGCUGGUCAGCGGAGCCGCGCGCGCCGCGCUCGUGCCGCACGACGGCGUUUGUCCUAACGAGCUGAACGCCAACCUGUGGGUGGACGCGCAGAGCACGUGCGAGAGGGAGUGCGAGCGGGACCAGGACUGUGCUGAUUUUGAGAAAUGCUGCACAAACGUGUGUGGCCUGCUAAGCUGUGUUGCAGCUCGUUUCUCCGAUGGCUCCCCUGCGCUCCCCGAUGGCCAAUCGGGCACCAACAUGUCGGAGGGAAGUGUGGCAAGCUGCGUGGGUUACCUGUGCAACCAGCAGGGGGCAGUGUGCGAGGUGUGGGAGGGGCAGCCGGUAUGUAAGUGUCAGGAUCGCUGCGAGAGUGAACCCAGCUUCACCUGUGCUUCCGAUGGCCUCACCUACUUCAACCGCUGCUACAUGGAUGCCGAGGCUUGCAUUCAAGGUGUGACCCUGACCGUAGUCACCUGCAGGUAUCACCUUUCUGCCCCGGCCACCAGCCCUCUGACCCUGGGGACCACCUCCCAGGCCACUCCCACUUCCUCUGCACCAUUCCCUCCUACCCUGUACUCCAACCCCCAGCACCAGGCCGUGUACCUGGGUGGCACCGUUAGCUUCCACUGUGAUGUUAUUGGGCAUCCUAAGCCGGAUGUCACCUGGGAGAAGCAGUCGGAACGGCGGGAACACCUGGUGAUGCGUCCAGACCAGAUGUACGGCAACGUUGUGAUCACAAACAUUGGCCAGCUGGUGGUCUACAAUGCCCAGGUAUCGGACACGGGCAUCUAUACAUGCAUUGCCCGCAAUUCCGUUGGUGUCUUACGUGCGGAUUACCCGCUUUCCGUAAUCAUCCGUGCAGAACAUGACUUCUAUGAAGACCUCGAAGCAGGUAUGGAAUCUCUGGGGCGUCCAUUCUCACCUGCUGACUGCUUGGCAGAAGUAGAACGUGGUGAAUGUGGUGAAACCCGUGUUGACUGGCACUAUGAUACCUCGCUGGGAUCUUGCCGGCCCUUUGCCCACGGCGGAUGCCCGGGAGGGCGGAACAGGUUCGAGACGUACGAGGAGUGCCAGACAGCUUGUCAGCGGGAAGGAUUGGGAACGUGCACCCUGCCAGCCGUCCAGGGACCGUGCAGGAACUGGGAAGCCCGCUGGGCAUACAAUGGUAUCAGCAAGCAGUGCCAGGCCUUCGUCUAUGGCGGAUGCCAAGGAAACAGCAACAACUUCCGCUCCCGGGUAGAGUGUGAAGCAAAAUGCCCUCAGCCUAAGGCACGGCAGUGCCGAAGCUGCCGGCCGAAGGGCAGGUUGGUGCCCAGCCUGUGUCGCAGCGACUUUGCCAUCGUUGGACGACUGACAGAGCUGAUUGAGGAGCUAGACUCAGGUAUCGCACGCUUCAGCCUGGAGCAGGUCCUGCGGGACCAGAAGAUGGGCCUGGAGCUGUUCAAGGCUCGACACCUAGAGGUGACGCUGACUCACAUGGACUGGAGCUGUCCGUGCCCCAAUGUAACGCUGCAGGAAGAGGGCCCCCUGCUAGUGAUGGGUGAAGUGCAGGAUGGAAUGGCUGUGAUCCUUCCUCAUAGCUACAUCCGGCCUGUAACGGACCGCAGGGUCAGGAAGAUCCAGGAGGUCCUGGCCAAAAAGACCUGCGAGAUGCUGCAGAGGUUCCAGGACUGA